CUGCAUUCUUCCUCCCUCUCUGUCUUAGUUACUUGUAGCUUGGGGUCGACAAGAGGAUCGUAGGAAAUAGCAAUCAUGGUUACCACUGCUACUCAGGCGCCGUCUCGCCGCUUCCCAUCUAUGAUCGAGAUGGCCUCUCAAGCACCGUCUCGCCGUUUCCCUUCUAUGAUCGAGAUGGCCGAGACCGCCUCAAUUCGCUCCGUUGCACCUUCUUACAUCUCCGAGGUGCCUUCCUACCAUUCGGAUCGGUACUCGUAUGCCGAUCCAUACAACCUUCCGGCGGAGCCUGCACCGCCUUACUCACCGCCAGCUGCAGGAUGGGAUAUGGCUGGCCGGCUCGGGGUCCUCUCCUCUCUAGUUCCCGCAACACUUCCCGAUCCGCCGGAAGAGCCCCGCCGCGAACGUAGUCGCACCCGUACCCGUGCCGGGGCUGCCACCGAGACUUCGUCCGGCAGUACUUCUCGGGGUACCUCAAGAACCGCCAGUAGAACUAGCGGUAGCAGAACUACUUCCGAAACCACUACUGCAACUACCACCAGCACAACACGACACCGAAACCGCCUCGGUACCAAUUCGGCCGCCAAUGACAGUUCGAGCACCAUUGCCAGGCUCGGAAACAACCAGAAUCGGAGCACCACCAACAUGAGGACUAGCGCGGCCGCCAGCUCCACCUCCCUCCCCACCACCACCACCAACGCCGGUUCCCGUCCCGUCGCCGGCACCCGGACCCGGGCCCAGACCACCCCAGACACCCCCUCCCGAUCCACCAACUCCAGCUCUCCUCCUCCUCCCAGGGUCGGUCUUCCCCCGGUACCCUCCGGCCCGCCGUCGCGGACCGACUUCCCGGUGCUUGGCGACUUCCGCAUCCCUUCCCUCUCAUCCAUGUCCUCCAACCCCAACCUCCGCCAAUACCAAAACGUCGCGCAAAGGCGCGCAGCAGCCAACGCCUCCACCACGAACUUGGACGGUCUCAGACGGGCUCUCGAUCGCAUCGAAGAGGAGCGUAAUAACCCCAACCCGAGCAACAACGCGGCCCGCCCGCGACCGCUCGAGGAUCCGUACCUGGUAGGCGAGGAAGCGGCGGCCAAAGCGCGGCGGGAGAGGCUGGCGAGGGAGAAUGGCGAUAUCUUGAUUCAGGAGAACCAUCGGUGGGAUCUGUUUCUGAACCUCACGAGAGAACAAGAAGAGCGCCAACCGGGCUGGCGCCGGUUCCGCAAGAACAUGGAAACGCGCACCAGCAAGCUGCCUUUCCGGCUCGGCAUGCGGGCGCGAUAGCGUCGGGCUGGCUGUAUGCCGCUUGUGUCGCGGCGAGAAGAAGCAGCAGCAGCAGCAGCAGCAGCAGCAACUUCAGAGACAGCAAGGCUG